CUGAACUCUAUUAUUUUUCUGACGGAGGCCUAGUCUGGUGUUUUAAGAGUGUGGUGCCGCUGUAUUUCGUUUGUAAACAGUGAAAUUGGUAAAUUACAACUAUUGGGUAAAGUGUGAAAUGACCGAGAAGGAUUCUGCAUCACCCACAAUUGUGCAGAGUAACCUCAAACUGCUGUUGGAACAGUCCAGCAUAUUUCCAUCAAUUGGCCCACCCUUGGUGGCUGUACCCGCGCCCAGCCAUCCCUUGACACAUCACCAACUGCACCAGUUGCAGACCCUGGUACAGGCAGAAGACUCAACUUCCUCCCGAUGGAGCCAGUACCAGCAGCUCUGGAGGCAUCACCACAUGCAACACAUCAAUGGCAAGGCGGGGGACAAGGAAGGUGGUCCAGAAGAAAAGAAGAAUGAUGGUGAGCUCUGGUGUAACGUAGAGGCACAGGCAGCGUUUCUUGGACCCAACUUGUGGGAGAAGACACUACCUUAUGACGCCGACCUCAAGUAUGUUGAUUUGGAUGAGUUUUUGUCUGAGAAUGGUAUUCCUAUGGAUGGUCUGCCCCAGUCAACAGUCCAACAGCAACAGGUGAUAAAACAAAGUUCGCCCUUACCAGAGGCAGCUAGAGGUCUGCCCCAGCCUCACUCUCUUCCUCAUCCUGCACAGACACAACAACAGAGGGCUGGAGACCCUCCGGGUCCCCCCGUGCUCGAGUUGGUGACCACAAAGAGAGAGCGGUCCCCUACGCCAAGCGAGCCGCUCUCUCCCGAUACUCUCAACCCACCGUCACCUGCAGACUCAACAUUAUCGCUAGCGUCAUCUGGACGGGAUUUCGAUCCUCGAACACGAGCUUUCUCUGAUGAGGAGCUGAAGCCUCAGCCAAUGAUCAAGAAAUCCAGAAAACAGUUUGUUCCGGAUGAUUUGAAGGACGAAAAGUAUUGGGCCCGCCGCCGCAAGAACAACAUGGCUGCGAAGCGGUCAAGAGAUGCUCGUCGUGUGAAGGAGAACCAGAUAGCAUUACGAGCUGGCUUCCUUGAGAAAGAG